AUGGAGGCCAUCAAAAAGAAGAUGCAGAUGCUGAAACUGAACAAGGAGAACGCCAUCGUCCGUGCUGAGCAGGCGGAGGCAGACAAGAAAAAGGCGGAGGACUGCUGCAAGCAGGUGGAGGAGGAACAGCAGGGUCUGCAGAAGAAACUGAAGGGCACAGAGGAUGAGGUGGAGAAAUACUCUGAGUCUGUCAAGGAGCCCCAGGAAAAGCUGGAGCAGGUGGAGAAGAAAGCUACAGAUGUAUGUAGACAUGCCAGCAACUCCUCCCCUGUGUAG